CCGAUAAACCAAACAUGGGGGUGGGCGAGCAGGGGGCAUAGCCCCCUAGUCUCUAAAAAAAGAAAGUCUUCUAAAGACAGCAAUUACACACAACACAACACCCUCUUGUAAUGGAUGUUAUAAUUUCAAGAAAUUAUUCAGCAGAAAAGUGUAAUAUGCCUUUAUUAUGCCCCACUGUGACUGUGGCUAGGGCUGGGUCAUAUUAUACCUUUCACGAUAAUACCAGUACAAUGUUAGGCAAUGAUAAGAAAAUGAAAUAUCGCGAUAGAAUAUGGGUAAAACGCGCGUGCUCAGUGCGUUUGUUUUCAUACGCACAUGGCGAAAAUAGCAUGGCAGUGACGGAGAAUGAGAAGGGCGAAAGCAGAUCGUUGAAUGAAACAGAUGAACCAGAAUUGGUUUGUAAAAAUGGUGCAACUUCAGUGGUGUGGAACUGGUUUGGUUUUCGCCCGUCAGAUACCCAACAAAACACCACAAACCUAUUUCAUCAUUUGAAGCAGAAGCACUUGUUGGAGUACAACAAAGCUGUUAAAGCACGUGAAGAGGCGUCCGCUUCAACUAGCGUGGUGGUGAGACCAAAGAAGCUGACUCAACAAACAAUCGGCAUAGCUUUAAAUAGCUGCACGUCUUAUGACAAAAGUAAACACCUGUUCCUAGAGUAUUUAUAUGGGUUUCCUAGGAAAAAGAGAUGUAUGCAAUGGAAAAUGCAGAUUGGACCAUUGUACAUAGGCAAAUAUCUGCUCAAGGGUUUAUGGGUUUGUCCUUCAAGUAGGGAAGAGGUCAGGUUUCACUUAAAAGGUUAUGAUGACUAGUCUUCCCAAGCACAAUUAUCUUUACAUCCACCUGUGGUUUCUCGAAUUAUUCCCCUUUCUGAUUCAUGCUAAUGAUGUGUAUUCAUGUUAGAUUGAUUUCCAAUGUGUCUUAAAAUGGCAUGAUAACCCAACUUAGGUUGUUUCAGUGUAA